UUCUCUGUGGUUGAAAGAUGCUGGAAGUAGAAAAUAUGGUUACGUGGUCAUCUGUGUGGACCAACUGCGUGGUCAUCUUCUGGAUUAUAGGGCUUCUCCAUUCCUCCUGGCUCCCAUUCAGAGGAUGUGGGUUGCUUUAAGCCAGCAUUUUCCUCUGGGCUGAAGUGUCCCUUUGCUUUGCUGGAUCGUGGCCAGGAAGGACACUGCUGGUGGCCUAUCCAUGAGAGCUUUUAGGGUUGCCUUUUUGAGCCAUGCUGGGCCAACAGCACCAGACUGAUACCACUUGGUCCAAAUGAGUGUCUCGUGGCCAUGCAAAGACCUUUAUAGCUAGGAGCAGAACUUCAGUCUCCAUGGACCAAGGCCAGCACCCUGGCAUUUACGGACAAAGGUUGAUCAACCACAGCUGUUUGACGGUGGCAGAGGCCUCUUCGCAACAUAGCAUUUCCUAUUUAGUUCACAAUGGCAGUUCCUUGGGAUUGUUCUCUCCUUCUGAGUUUCUCUUUCUCAGUAAUGCUAUGACCUGUUUCCUCUCUUUGUUCCAGAACACUUGGGGAGGGAGAAUGAGGGAGAAUCACACAGGGUGUCCUUGAAGAGAGGAAAGUAUAUGGAGGAGGACAAGCAGAGAUGUAAAAUGGAAUCAGACAUGAAGAGGAAGAAUGAACCUUCAGGUUCCCUGGGUGGCGACUUCCUUGAAGGCCUAGUUCAAGGAAAAACAGGCCUUAGUUCUGUCCUUGGGUCACAUCAAGAAAUCAACACAGGGAAGAAACUGUAUCGGUGCUCAACAUGUGGGAAAGGUUUCAGCAGGAGCGCGGCUCUUAGGUACCACCAAAGAAUCCACACAGGGGAGAAACCACACAAAUGCUCAGUGUGUGGGAAAAGCUUUAGGCGGCAGUGGGACCUUACUUCCCAUCGAAGAAUCCACACAGGGGAGAAACCAUAUCAGUGCCUGGAAUGUGGAAAGAGCUUUGGUCGCAAUGGAAACUUCAGACAGCAUCUUAGAAUCCACACAGGGGAGAAGCCAUAUCAGUGCUCAGUGUGUGGAAAGAGUUUCGGAGAGAGGAGAGGGCUCAUGUCACAUCAAGGAAUUCACACUGGGGAGAAACCAUAUAAAUGCUCAGAGUGUGGAAAGUGCUUCAGUCAGAAUAGAAGCUUUAAAAGACAUCUAAAAAUCCACACUGGGGGAAUGCAAUAUGCAUGCUUAGAUUGUGGGAAAAGUUUUUUUUCCAUCCACAGCCUUACUACUCAUCAGGGAAUCCACACAGGAGAGCAGCCAUAUAAAUGCCCAGAGUGUGGGAAAAGCUUCAGGCAGAAGGGGUCCCUUACUGCCCAUUUAGUAAUCCACACAGGGGAGAAGCCAUAUAAAUGCUCGCUGUGUGGGAAAAGCUUCAGGCAGAAGGGGGCCCUUACUGCCCAUCAAGUAAUCCACACAGGAGAGAGGCCAUACAAAUGCUUAGACUGUGGAAAGAGUUUCAGGCAGAAGGGGAACCUUACUUCCCAUCAAGUAAUCCACACAGGAGAGAGGCCAUAUAAAUGCUUAGACUGUGGAAAGAGUUUCAGUCGCAACGCCCGCUAUAGGUCACAUCAGAGAAUCCACACAGGUGAGAAGCCAUAUAAGUGUCUGGAGUGUGGAAAGAGUUUCAGAGAGAAGAGAGGGCUCAUGAAGCAUCAGAGAAUCCACACAGGGGAGAAACCCUCUAAUUUAUCUGAAUGUGAAAAAAGCUUCAGAGAGAAUUUCCUUUUUCAUGAAGGAAGGAACUUCUGUUUUUCAUGAAAACAUUUUUGGCCUGAGUUCACAGGUUUGGUCACAUCAGCAAAUGCAUAUAAGGGAAAAACUAUAAUUGCUGAUACUGUGGUAAGAGUUUCAGUAGCUGCACAGACAUUAAGGGGUGUGUGGUACAGAGUGACUAAAUAACAUCAAAGGGGUAGAACAGGUUUAGGGUUUGAAAGGCGUUGGCUAUACCUCCCCAGCUGAGAUAUGGGGAAGUGACUGGGAGGAGACCCAACUGAGACCUGGGAGAAAGGGGUCAACAAGUGAGGCUUAUGUGUAGAGUAAUUGUGGACAUCCUCAUUCUGUCAUCCUGGACUGGGAGAUCUCUUUGGCCAUCUAUGAACAGUGUAUUCUUUUUGUGCUGACUUUUUAUUCCCACUCUUAGUCCGUGUUAAACUGCUGGAUUAGAUUAUUUAGCAUCUUUGUAUUGUCUCCCAUCCAAAUGCAAACCAUGGCAGACCCAGCUUAGCAAAGGGGAUAAUUCAUGGUCAUUACCUCAAGACCAGCUCCCCUCUCCUUCUUAAAUAUUGAAUUAUUGAUGUUGGCUGAUAUCCAAACUGUCAGAGCGCUUGAUCAAGUUGUGCACAUGAGUGAAUAUUAUGUUUAAAAAGGUAAAGUGUGCCGUCGAGUGGUUGUCUUUGGUAGAAUACAGGAGGGGUUUAUCAUUGCUGCCUCCUGCACAAUAUGAGAUGCUUUCCAGCAUCUUCCUAUAUUGCUGCUGCCCGAUAUAGGCGUUUCCCAUGGUCUGGGAAACAUACUAGCGGGAAUUCAAACCGUUGAACUGUAGCUGUGCCAAAUUCCAAUCAAGCUGGGCUCUUGCAGAAAAGUGCGCUGUAACAUUAUUGGGCAAAGGAAGGAGUUGUCCAGCAGGGGGAGCACCACAGGUCACACACCUUGUUGCUCAAGUGCAAGGAUCUUUGUGUUAGUGCAGGGGUAGGCAACUUGGGCUUGCCAGCUGCUGUUGAACUACAACUCCCAUCUUCCCCAGCCAUUGUGGCUGGGAAUGAUGGGAGUUGUAGUUCAGCAGCAGCUGAUUGUGCAGGUGCUUUAUUAGUCUGGAUGUCAGCCACUGCUAUUUCUAAUUAUUUAGAUUCUGUUUUGAUUUUGUUGCAAUACUGUGUGCCUUUGAUGGAUAUUGGAAUAAAAUCACUCUAGUUUUCCUUA